AUGGAGAUGCCAGAGCUACAGGUCGGCAAGAGAGAGGCUAUACCCUCCUGGAUGGGGAUGAUGAUGGUAGCGGGUCGGCGGCGGGGAGUGGCGCACAACCUCCGGUUGCUGCUGGAGAAGGGCCUCAUCCCUCUGCAGCAGCUCCUGCCCAAGCCGGACGUCGGGGGGGUACAGCUCGCGCCGGACGCGUGGGGCUACGCAACUUGGGUCUACUCAUGCUACGUCAACUCGUGCCUGCAGUAG